AUGGCGUCUGAAAGCGGCUCUGUAGCCCAGGAUGAGAAAACAGCUCUGAUAGAAGCAGAGUCUGGACAAGAUGCUGUUCAGCAGCAGGAAGGAGAAACGUCUGAGAAGCAACAUGAGUCCAAGUUGACGCUUUAUCACUGGACUCAGUCUUUUAAUUCUCAGAAGGUGCGUCUGGCCAUAGCAGAGAAAGGUUUGCACUGUCAGGAGUACGACGUGAGUCUGCCGCUCAGCGAGCACAACGAGCCCUGGUUCAUGCGUCUGAAUCCAACGGGUGAGGUUCCCGUCUUAGUCCACGACGACAACGUCAUCUGUGACCCGACACAGAUCGUGGACUAUCUGGAGCAGAACUUCAAUGAUGAGGGCACACCCAAGCUUGUACCUGAAGAGGGCAGCACAUACUAUCACAGGGUGCAGCACUACCGAGAGCUGCUGGACUCACUGCAGAUGGAUGCCUACACCCAUGGCUGCAUCCUCCACCCUGAGAUCACAGUGGACUCACACAUACCAGCCUAUGCUGCCUCGCGCAUCCGAACACAGAUUGGAAACACACAGUCGGAGCUGAAAAAACUGGCCGAGCAGAAUCCAGAGCUGAAAGAUGCUUAUGUUGCAAAACAGAGGCGCAUAAAAUCUAAGUUGUUUGACCACGACAACAUGAAGUAUCUGAAGAAGCUUCUGGAUGAACUGGAGGGUGUGAUGGACCAGGUGGAGACAGAGCUUCAGAGGAGAGAGGAAGAAACACCAGAGGAAGGAACUCAGUCCUGGCUGUGUGGCGACUUCUUCAGCAUGGCCGACAUCUCUCUGGCAGUAACCUUACACCGCCUCAAGUUCCUCGGCCUCUCCCGUCGCUACUGGGGCAACAGUAACCGUGUCAACCUGGAAACGUACUAUGAGCGUGUGGUGGAGCGGCCGGCCUUCGGGAGGGUUUUGGGCCACGUCAACAACAUCCUGAUAUCUGCAGUCCUGCCGGUGGCGUUUCGUGUGGCCAAGAAGAACGCGCCGGUAAUUGUGGGUACCACUUUGCUGAUUGGCCUCCUGGGCGGAGCUACAUACUUGGCCUUCCUGUACAUGAAGAAGAGGCUCACUACCUUUAGCUGA